CACAGUGUGCGCCAUCUUGUUUCUGUUUGUUGCGUGUUAAAUCUUUUACUUAAUUUAAAAAUAAAUAUUUGAGGAAGUAAGGAAAGUUUUGUGCACCAAUAUAAACCCUAUCUCCAUUCUCAAUCUGUUUGUCACUUAAUUUAGUUUUACCACAGUGAUAGAAUGAGUUCCCGUCAUAGAGACAGAAGUCGCUCCCGAUCUCGCGACCGGGACAGGCAUAAGGAAAGGGAAAAGGGCCGCGACCGCGAUCGUGACCGGGAUAAGGAUAGGGAUAGGGAUCGGGAUCGGGAUCGUGAUCGCGAACGCAACCGGGACAGAGACCGUGACCGCGACAGAGAUCGCGAUCGUGAUCGGGACCGCCACCGCUCGAAGAGAGAUAAAGAGAGAGAGCGCAGUCGCAGUCGUGAAAGGCAUAAGGAAAAGAGACGUUCACGCAGCCGAAGCCGCGGGAGGAAAUCUAAAGACAGGGAUGGCACUAUAGCUCUUCUAGACAAAAUGGUGGGCACCACCACCAAGGCGACAGCGCGUACAGUGGCAUCGCCUACCACUAUUAACUCUGCUACACAGGCAGCUAUACUGGCAGCUGCUGCUGUUGCACAGACGUUUGUCGCUCAACGUCGCAUGGCUGCGCCGGUACAACCAGCUGCAGCGGCCGCGGCGGCUCUAUCCGCGGCCACAGCCAUCCCCACACCCACCUCCGUACAGCAGAAGUUGGAGAUCAUGCAGGCCAGGACAGAGUUACGCUACCGGGAGAAGCUGCCCUACGACCACCCCGACGACGACAAGGAAGAUGGGCAAGAUGAUGACGAUUGGUCAGGUCCCCCGGGGGAGUCGGCGGCGGAGCGGCGCGCGCGCAGGCGCCGCUCUCGCUGGAUGGGGUCGGAGCAUGACAAGACCUUCAUCCCCGGCCUGCCCACCGUGCUGCCGUCCACCCUCACGCGGGAGCAAGAGGAGCAAUAUCUACUGCAGCUGCAAAUCGAGGAGGUGAGCCGCAAACUGCGCUCCGGAGACCUCGGCAUCCCGCCCAACGUGGAGGAAAGGUCACCUUCGCCGGAGCCAAUCUAUUCGACGGAUGGCAAACGUCUGAACACACGCGAGUACCGCACCCGGCGCAAACUGGAAGAAGAGCGACAUCGUUUAGUGCAGAGGAUGCAACAGAUCAACCCAGAAUUCAAACCGCCCCCCGAUUACAAGCCGCCCAUUAUCCGCGUACACGACAAAGUGAUGAUCCCUCAGGAAGAGCAUCCUGAUAUAAACUUUGUGGGACUGCUCAUUGGACCGCGCGGGAAUACGCUUAAAGCGAUGGAGAAAGAGACAGGCGCGAAGAUUAUCAUACGCGGGAAAGGUUCCGUGAAGGAGGGGAAGGUUGGACGCAAGGACGGACAGCCGUUGCCCGGAGAAGACGAGCCUCUGCAUGCAUACAUCACCGCUACCAACGCUGACUGCGUCAAAAAGGCUGUGGAAAAGAUAAAAGAGGUGAUCCGCCAAGGCGUUGAGGUUCCUGAGGGGCAGAACGAUCUUCGGCGCAUGCAACUCCGCGAGCUGGCGCAACUCAACGGCACCCUGCGAGAGAGCGACGCGCCGCGUUGCGCUAACUGCUCCGCGCUGGACCACAAGACAUGGCUCUGCCCGGACAAGCCCAACGUGACGAACAGUAUAGUGUGCUCGUCGUGCGGCGGCGCCGGACAUAUCGCGCGCGACUGUCGCGCCAAACGUCCCGGACACACGCCGCAGAGGGGGGCUCAGCAGGACAAGGCUAAAAUCGACGAGGAGUAUAUGUCGCUGAUGGCUGAAUUGGGGGAGGCACCGCCACCGGGGACGGGUGGCCUUUCGGGUGGUAUGCGGCGACCCUCGCACUCGCCCUUCGGCUCCUCGCUUCCGCCUAGAGCCAUCAUGGCCGCACCAAGUGCCCUGCCGUCCAUGCCGCCCCCGCCGUCUCCAUUCCCUCACAUGCCGCACGGGCCGCACCACGGGCCCCACCACGGCCCGCCGCACGGACCACACGGGCCCCCUCACGGCCCGCCGCACGCGCCAUGGUUAGGUGGUGCCACGGGAGCCAACGUAAGUGCGGCUCAGCCUCCGCCACCCGGCAGCGCUCCGCCCUUCCCUCCGCCGCCCCCACCACAUGGAGAUGGGCCGAUGGGUCCGCCUAAAAAUGGUCCUGGACCUCACAUGCCUCCGCCCCCGCCUGGUAUGAUGGGAAUGGGCGGAGCUGGUCCUGGUGGAUGGAGAGGGUUCCCGCCACCCUGGGCCGUGCCGCCCGCAGCCUUCCUCGCGCCGCCACCACCGCCGCCCCCGGUCUCCUCCUCAUAACUACUAGCACGCCUAGCAAGACCUAAUAGACCAAGAUGACGUCCGCGCAAACGCCAGUAUGGAACACUGAUUAUGUGGUUGUGAUCGCAUUGCCAUUCCACUGGCUGACGUAACUGUUUAUAAGUAAUGAAAUUAUGGAUUUUUAAACACUAACGACGAAAACAAACUUCUGCAGCAUCCCAUUGUGAAUGAAAACAAAACAUCUCGAAGGACCUGUGCCCAAAAAUAAACGUAAUAAUUACUCGCGAUAGUUGUGUAUGGCUGUGUAAAAAAAAAGGUUUCUAUCUGGGGAUUGCAGAAAUAGUUAAACUUUGUAUACCCGUUCGCGUAGGUAGUGAAACUUUUUUUACCUUAACACACCAGGGUAAUAAAUCAAACUAUGGAUGAACUUUGAUCGUCUUGGCAAUCGGUACCAUUGACCAUGGGGAAAAAUAUAAUUCCCCAUUAUGAAAUUUCCUUUUAAUUAUCAUACCUAGAGUUUAAUCGAUCCAAUUCUAGCUUAAUCUGAAUAUUAAGAACAUCACUUAUUUAAGUAUAUAUAUGCAUAGUUUAAAUACAAUACAAUGCGUAUAUUUUUUUUCGCACUUAUGUGCCGAUGUGUGAGAUUUUCUACAUAUUGGAUAACGUGAAAACUUCGACUUUUAUGGAAUAUAUUUCAAUUUUUAUGAGCGUCAUCUAGACACAAUACUGGGAAACAGUAUUGUAGGUUUCUACCUACAAUACUGUUUCCACUAAGUCAAUAUCACACUAAGCCUCCUGAAUAGAAUACGUACGCAAGUUUGGAUUCUCUUAAUUUGGUUGCAAUAAUGAUGAUGUGUAAAAACAAUUUUUCCUUAGCUGCCUUACAAUAUUAUUAAUAUUUCCGAUAUAUUCUAGCAUCCUAGAAAAUAAUGAAUACAUAGGUACAUAAAGAAAAUCCCUUUUUCGGCCAAGUAAGCUCUUGCGAUCUGUAUUUACAUAGGAAAUUAGAUGGUUUACUUUAGAGCGAUAAACUUACGUGACACGUACUAAGCGUGAGGUUAGCAAUAUUAUACAUAGUUAUUCAGUUACUAGCGUAAAAUUUAUUUGUAUUAUGUAUGUUUAUAAUUGAGAUCUAUGCAUUGUGUGACCGAGUUGGUUUGUGUGACAUAGUAUAAUGUUAUUAUAUAAAGAGAUUUCAUUUGUUAAAUAUUUAUUAUAAUUACCUAAAUAAUAGGGUUGGAUCCUUAUAAUGAAAUAUGUUAUAUGAUUUUGUAUCGUACAGAUUCACAGAAUACGUCCAAACGGUACCGUUAGUACAAGUUUACAUUUCGGAAGUUCUAUAUAGAAUUCGUGUACAAUAGUUCAAUUAGUGAAAACUGGUGGCUUAAAAAAUAUUUAUGCUGAAUAAUUAGAUAUGGGUACACUCGAAGUAGGGGUACCGUUUCUUUAAUAUAAUACGUAUUAUGAGUCUGUCAGAAAAUUGGACAAAGCCAAACUUGCAUCAUAAAACGAAAUUCAAUAAAAUUCUGUUCCUACUAUUUUCUUGCAUAAUGUACGUAACAUCACAUUCAUAUAAUUAUGCAAGUCAGUAGUACUAUAUUAGUGUGUAUUUCUGUUGUGUUUAAAUAAGAAAUAAAUAUAUAGACGAUGAAUAAAAAUGUGUUUACUUUU